CCGAGAUAGCUAUGCCCUUGCCUUUGUCAGCUCGUGAGAGGCGAUGAGCCAUGAUUACCAAUGGAGAUGUUAUAACCGUUGUUGAGAGAGAUGCAGGAAUAACCAAGUCAGCGCGUAAAUUGAAGCUCAGAUCUAACUGGUAGCAGAGCUUUAAAGUCGGAGACAAGAGCAAGUAGUAGUUGGUAGUCUUAAAUGCAGUAUUAACACUGAAUAAAUGGAUAGGAGGAGUGUACCUAGCACAGGGUCGAGACCGCUAGAGAGGAUCUCGUACUCAUUUGAUUCGAAGGAGAGUUGACGGUGGAGCAGCAAUCCCGGUGAGCCAUAGCACGGUGGACGCCGGUAUUUGGCCUUCAAUGGCUGUCCCUCCGACCCGGGUCGGGGGAAGAACCCGGUGGAUAAGAAAGCAGAACACGUUAUGGACCAACGGGUAUUUCCAAAAAGGGGAAAGGGAUUUGAAAAAGCAGGAAUGUGGGAAGUGGUUUUAACUAUAAACGGAUAAAACCGGGUGGUAACUAAAACCUGUGGGAGAAGUAACUAUCGGAUAAUAACCAAUCUAGUAACCUGUGCCUGGGAGAGAAUUUUUACGCCCUUUUUUCCAAUGGUUGUUCAGGUAUCCAACUACAAUGGGAGCGUUAUGUGUGUCAUUGUUAUUCCAGAGGAGUCUAUGGGUUAUGAGAAGUGGAAGAGGGUUAAAUGGCUCGAUGCAAGUGGUAUAUUCAUUCCAACCGCUUCAUUGGUAUUAGUUAUACAGGAACAUAAAUCCAUAAAUGACAGUGCAAAGCAAGGAAAGAAGCUUGAAACUGUUUCAACCGUAAAGCUGCCUAAGAAUAUCUUGAAGUCCCAGAAUCUCCAAGAACAGUGUGUCUUCUCUGUGAUUGAGAUCCUUGCUGUCCAUUUUGCUCAGUGA